AUGCCUCAUAUCCUGCAUUUCUGGAAAGCUCGUCAGACGGACAAGAUGAUUGUAGAAAACUUGUGCAAGGUCAUCGAUACAUCACGCUAUGGAAUAGGUCUCACGAAGUUCAAGGAGAUCCGUAAUGCCAUGGGACUUCAGCAUACUCGGCAACAGGAUCACACUAUCGAAUCCAUCCGCGAUGCCAUGGUGGAACUUCGUGAGGCAUAUCCUAAUGCCGGUGCACAAGAAAUGGUCUCCCUACUCUUUCAUGAGAAAGAUAUGAGUGUGUCAAGGAAUAUAGUCAUUUCAUACUUUACUGCCUAUGAGGCAGGUCUUGUCCAUCAGCGGAAAGCUUGCCGGCUUCAGCAGAGACGAUUCUGGGCUGCUGGUGUGAAUGACCUGUUCACCGUCAAUCAGCAUGAUAAAUGGCUUCGUUUUGGUCUCGCGCUGCAUACAGGAAUAGAGCCAUUCUCUGGUCGUAUCAUGUGGAUGCGAGUCUGGCACUUGAACCACAACCCCCAACUUAUACUCACUUACUAUCUCAACACCGUUGAGAAACUGGGCUACAUUCCAAUGGUUGCUCAGAGUGACCCAGGAUCUGAGAACUAUGGAAUCGCCAAUCACCGGUGGAUGCGCACCAAGAAGAAUAUCAUGCCUGAGAUUGCCUGGUCUCAGUUAUGCCGUCGGUUUGUGCCUGGCUAUGAAACACUGUUUGACGAAGGCGUCGUAAGUGGUUGGUAUGACAGCGACAAUGUUCUUCAAGUCAUGGUAUUUCGAUGGGUGUUCAUCCCGUGGCUGCAGUGUGAAUUAGACAGGUAUCAAGACUGUGUCAAUAACACUGCAAAGAGACGUGAUCAUAACAAGGUUCUCCCUCAUGGUGUGCCGAAUCUGAUCUACGAGUCCCCCGAAGAAUUUGGCGCAAUGGAUUUUAAGGCAAGUUUUAAUCUUCUAAUGGACGGCAUAGAUCAUGUGCACCAGGUAUAUGUCAAACCUGAUCAUCCGGUGUUCGACUUGGUGCCUCAGGCACUCAAUCAAUUUAUUCAGCAUUGUUAUGAUGACCUUGGUCAGCCUCCACUCACCCGCCAAUCUCUGCCACCGAUGGUUGAUGACAACACAAACGAGGACCCUUUACCUCUCCUUAAGAAUCAGAGGGAUUUGUUAUGUGCCAAUGAUGCUGACUAUAUGGGCGGUGUACAUGGAGGACUGAGUCUUGACACAUCUGACCAUCACCGACUGGACUCACUCAUAGAGGAGGAUGAACCAGACACAUCUUUACUACCUAAUGGCCAAGUUGCUGAAGAGGAGGGGUUAUUUGCUUGGUUUUCUGAUGAGGGGGAGGAAGAUGAGACACAUGAGUGGUAG